AUGGCCGAAGCUACAAGCGGCGGUCGGCGUAUCCGACGAUGCGAAGGUGUGCUCCGAGUCGGAUUUUCGAUAACGCCUGGUGGACGGCUCGGUGUUGAAACGAAUGAAGGUGGAAGUUUGACGUGUCGUGCCGUUAUGGACCGAUCGAGAAAAUAUGAAGAUUCGAGGGCCACCGAGAGAGUGGCGGACAGAAGCGACGGAAUGUAUGGAAGCCGAGCAUUCAAACAAGGAACAACAGUCUGCCAACAAGACUAUCACAUGGGCAUCUUCGUUCGAGCACAUUCGUCGUCAGUUGGCGACUCUCUAAUGCAACGGAUGCCAAACCAUACGAGGACUAAGACAAUGCGGGACGCAAAGGACCGAUUCCUAAACACUUUGUUAUCAUUUCAGAUUUUGUUUGCGUUCUUUUCUGUUGAAUUUCCGAGGAGACCAGCGAAUCGUCAAGAUGCUCUCAUGGAUGAUGCUCUGCGCUCCCUUCCGCCCGCUGCUCAGCGCAACAGCCAGCGUCAGAGAUCUCCCGCUACCGUGCUCUCCAUGUUCAACACUUCCAUCUUCACCUCCGGCCCUUCAUCGGCUCGAGCUGGUCCUUCUUCUUUCGCCUAUCCACCGACUGCCUCUGCUUCUUCCUCGGCACCGUUGCACCGUACAGUCUCCGCUGCCAGCCGUGCGAGCGCUGCAUCCACAGCCAGCGGCUCUCAGAACUCUGCACACCACCCCAGAUCCAAUGCCCUCAAGGCUGCUUUCACAAAGGUAGCCAGCUUCGCCACUCCCUCCAGUCCACCACUAACCCCCACCUCGCCCAAGACAAAAGCACGGAACCCUUCGUUUUUCCCUGCCUCGUCCGUACAAAGGACCAAAGAUGCUCGGCGAGCUGCUCGACGACAAGCGAGGAGAGCCGAAAGACUCGCCCGCCGUGAGCGAGAUGCGGAAACAGAUCUUGCAGACGAUGAACUCGAACGCCCCACCGCUCAGCUUGGCGACGAGAUCGUUGAGCUUCCAGCAGAACCGCCGCUCGACGUCCCUGAAGCCAAUGCGCCCACAGCUUCCGCCCUCGCAAUGGCCUCCAAGGUCGGUCGCAAGCCCAAACGCAAACUUCAAUUUGCUCCUGAUCAAAGACGCAUUCGCAAGGUCGAUCUGCCCGCCAACUUCGAGGCAGAGGACACAUACCGCAACCUUGACCAGUUUGUCGCUGCUUCCCGUCAGCAGCGCAGGACGCAACGCGGUCGAGGCGGGCCACGCUCGCGUCGCUCAAGGUCCCGCCGUGGAUCCCGUAGCAGUCGUGGCGGAAGUCGCAGCUCGGCGCUCGGUAGCGCAGCAUCCGACAGCUCGAGCAGCUCCUCAUCGUCCUCUUCCUCUUCCUCCUCUUCAAGCGGCUCCUCCAGCUCAUCUUCCAGCUCUGGUCGCGGUAUUACCAUCGCACGCCUUCGAGCCUUCUUUGGUGACGGCUCCAGCUCAUCUUCCAGCUCCGACUCCGACGAUUCGUCUUCCAGCUCGUCAUCUUCAUCUUCAUCUUCCACGAGCUCGUCGCGCAGCCGGUCGACCACCACGGAUGGAUCACGAUCGCGACGCUCCUCAGCUCACCGUCUCUCGCUGCCAGGCAAGCGCGCCAAAUCUCGUCGCAGCACUCGAACACGCUCUCGUGCCGACCAAUCUGAAGCCAGCGAUGUUCCUGGCUCGCCUAUCUCUAGCCGCAAGGGACCCAUGACGCCCUACUUUGCUCCCUUGGCCGACUUCCCGCUGGGCAAAAGGGCCGCCGAGAAGCGUCGAAACAAAAAGGACAGGCAGGCUGCCAAGCGCGCAAAGAAGCGCGAAGCACAGCUCAUCCGACAGGGUCGUUUGCCUCCCAAACCGAGCCGAAGUGCUCGUGCCAAGGCGCUGCGUGCCAAAGAGCUGGCUGGAGGCGUCACAGAGUACCAACUUUUCACGCCCAUGAGGCUGCCCAUGGACAUGGCAUGCACAGCUCUCCCGACAUUGGAAGUCACUCCAGCGCCGCAACCUGGCACAUCCGUCGUGCUAAAACGAACCAUGAGAACGCGCGGCUGGGAGCAGGUCCGCAACCAGCUCUAUGUCAUGCGCAACUACCUCCGACAGGUCGACGGUCAAGGCGGCGAUGUCGGUCUUGACCCUCAAGCAGCCUAUCCGACCUCGCAUCGACACCACAGACAUCAUACCAAGCGGGCAGCGGACAGAGCUGUUCAUGCUCAUCGUUACAAGAAGCAACACGCACACGAUAUCAAGAAGACUCCCAUUCCCGAUGCAGUGCCCGAAGCAGAAGAUGAAGAGCUCGAUUUCUUUGACGGCGACUUGGCUUUGCCACCACCUGCCUUGGAAUUGCCCGACGGAGAGAUGGAGCCGUCGACAUUUGCAGUCGAUAUCGGCGAUGCUGCACUGACUCCAGCAAGCCAGCACGAGUCCUCGCCCGAAGAUCAGCAGUCGUCCUACUUCAACUACGAUCAGCGACUCCCUGCCGAUCAGGAAGAGGAGACGCGCACCGGACGACAUCUUUCCGACUUGCCACUCAGUCCCAGCUACGCCACGGCCUUCGGCAGGGAUUUUGGUCGCUCAGCACAAAUGUUCUCCUCCUUCCGUCAAGCAAAGGACAAAGCUGCUGCGAAAGAGGCUGCUGUAGUUUCGUCCCUCAAUCCACCAUCGACCGGCACGGAGGGCAGCCAGGCUGGUUCGGGGAAAUCACCGUCGGACGGCAAUCCGGCCAAGUCGGCUGCGGAUCACUCGGACGAAGGUGCGUGGUGGCUGCAUGUCGAUUGUCCUACAUAUAGAGACAUGCACGAGAUUUCGAAGCUCUUCCCGAUGCAUCCGCUCACGGUCGAGGACGUUUUGCAGCAGGAUCCUCGCGAAAAGGUUGACGUGUUUGAUCGACUCGGGUACUACUUUGUCGUUGUUCGAGCGAUCGACGAGCGAUAUUUUCGAUACACGUCCACCACGUCGAAGGGUUCGCCAGGCUCGCCCAACUUUUCAAGCUCUGGCUCAUCCGGUGCAACAGUGCAUGGCGAUGCGGACGCCAAAAGCAGCGCGGAAAACGGUCGGAGUUCCGAUGGAGCCAAGGUCGAGAUGCACGAGAUGCGCGAUCUCAGCGACAAGUCUAGCCCGAGCAACGAAGGCCUGCAUCCGAUGCGCCGGCAGGACGACGGUCACAACACACGCUUGGCGGCACCAGCUCGACUCGGCAAAGGUCGUGUCGAGAUCGUCGAGGGCAUCGGCGGUAAGGAAGGUCUCGAAGGUGUCAGUGUCGGAGGCAACAACCUCUACCUGCUCGUGUUUUCGCAUGGCGUCAUCUCCUUCGCGUUUGAAGACGUCAGCAAGCACAUUGAUCGUGUCGCCGCUCGAUUGUUGGAGAUCACGCGUCCUGUCGAGCUGACAGCCGACUGGAUCGCACACGAUCUCUACGACUCGGUCGUGGACGCCUUCUUCCCGCUCAUCUCUUUCGUGCAAUCGGAAGUGGUCGAGGUGGAAUCGCUGGCAAGCGAGCCGGUGAGUAGCGCCGUCAGUCGCAAAAAGACCAACUUUGCGCCAAAGCAACGACGUCAACGAGCCUUGCUGGGAUCCAAUCCGCAAGGGCGACUGAUCAGCGUCGAACCGGUCUCGGUCGCGUCAUCACCGACGUCGGAGGUGGAGAAGAGGACGCCGAUGCUCGAAGUGCGUCGACUGAAGACAGUGCGUGCUCUGCGCAUCCUACCCGUGCUGCGGCUUGGAGAUUCGAUUCUAGAUCGGCUACCACGACUGCUGGUCAAGCAGAAGCAAAGAGUCACCAUCUCGCGUCUGCCCGAAUGGGAGUUCAAAGACGCGCUCGAGACCGAGAUGCGUCGCACUGCAGCCGAGAUCGACGAAGCGAGCAACUCGGUCUUCGACACGCAAGCGGCCGCUGAUCAGAGCAUCAUGUUGCAUCGAAUUGCUGAUACGCGCAAGAUCGUCACGGGUCUUUCGCGACUCUUGGGACCGAAGAACGAUGCGGUCAAGGGAUUGCGAAAACGACUUUCGGACAUGCAACAGCUGCAACGACGCGAAGAAAAAGCAUCACGACUCAUCGGAGCCAGAGCUCGAAACAUGCUGGCACGCACCGAAGUGUCCAUGUACAUGUCCGACGUUCACGACCACAUCAUCUCGAUGCUCAACCAACUCAAUUCCGGCGAAGGACGAUUGUCGGAGAUCCACCACACCUACCUGGCUCAGAUCACGAUCGAGAACAGGAAGUUCCGACAGGGUGCAGAUUCGGCCAUCUUGACGUUGGGAAGCGUGGGUUCCGCGGUUCUGAUAAUCGUGUUCAUCACGAGCGUCUUUUCCUUGAACGUCAAGAGACCGGGCAACGAGCUGAUGAGCACCAAUCACGCCAUAGCCUGUCCUCAUCGCUCACGGGUCCACCUUCACCCUUCCUUCCCACCGUUCUCAAAAGCCUGCACGCAAGUGGAACACCAAGACAUCAUGGCGGGCAACGCAGAGGCAUCGUCCUCGACGGGCGACGCCGGCACCACACACACGUCGGGCUCGUUCAAGCAUAUCGGCAACAAGAUGAAGCGUACAGAGCUGUAUCGCAAAUACAAAGCCGAAAAGCGCAAAGCAAAGUUUGCGAGAAGAUCAGCACAGGCCAAGGAGGAGCGUGGUGAAGAUGGCGCCGCCAAGAAGGCGGCUCGACUCGCUGCUAACAAGACGAGGACCAUCGAGAACACGCGAGAUUUCAACCCGACCAUCAUCAACGGACCCAAUACACACGAAGGUCCGAGCUACAUCAGCAAGAGAGCCGAAGGUGGCGAUGGGGAUGCGAGCGACGAGGAAGGGCAAGAGGAAGAGCAGCAAGGAGCGAUGGAGGAACAGGAAGCAGCUGAAGAAGUCGACGACGAUGAAGAUCCCAGUGCUCCACCGGCGAUCCUCAUCACAACAUCCAUGCCCUCCUCGUCGACAUCGCCCCACCUCGAAUCCCUCAACGCGCGUUCGCAUCCCUCGGAACGAACGCGAGAAUUUGUCGACGAGCUGCUCUCCGUCUUCCCCGGCGCCGAAUACCGUCCGCGAGCCAAAGCCCAAGGUGUCGGUCUCGGCAAGAUCUGCGGCUGGGCAAGGGAGCGUCGUUUCGGCGCCGUACUCGUCGUCGGCGAGUCACGCAAGGAGCCCUUCGCACUCACCGUCAUCUCCCUCCCUCACGGCCCUACCGCCUUCUUCCGCCUGACAUCCAUCAGCACAGGCGACGAGAUCUACGGCAAAGCACGCCCCACUCCCCACACGCCCGAACUCAUCCUCAACAACUUCACCACCGUCUUGGGUCAUCGAGUCGGCAAGGUGCUCCAGUGUCUCUUCCCCAAAAUUCCGCAGCUGGAAGGACGACAGGUGGUGACGUGUCACAACCAGCGCGACUACAUCUUCUUCAGGAGGCACAGGUACAUGUUCAAGAGCGAUACCAAGACGGCGUUGCAGGAGAUCGGUCCGAGGUUCACCUUGAAGCUGCAUAGUCUGAAGGAGAGUCUGCCCAAGGGCGCGGGGACUUGGGAUGGAAAAUACACGGAAGAGUAUGCAGAAUUGGAGCCGGAGGAGCUGGAGGCGUUGCAGAGACAAGAGGCAGGGGAGGACGAAGAGGGCGCAGCUGCAGCUAUGGCGAUGGAGGAGCAAGGAGCAGCUCAGGCUGGCAUCAAGGCGACAAAAUUGAGCAGUGAGGAAGGCCAAGCCGACGCUUCGAAGUUGAAGAAGAACAAGAGACAGCGCGGAGAAGAGGAGACGGUCGGAUUGGACUUCCAGUGGAAGCCAAAGAUGAGUGUCUCUCGACGCAACUUUUACCUCUGA